ACUAUUACACUGUUGCCUCUUUUGAAUGGAUUUAGUUCCCUUGUAGGAAAAGAAGUGCUGUGAAUUAGUACUUGUAAAUAAAUACUACUUGCUGUGUACACUUUUGGUACAGGAUUUUGUAUUCAAUGUCAAAGUAUAAUCCUUGUGAAUAUGAUCCUUUUACAUUUUACACCGCAAUGAAACGUCUAUGUACCAAGAUUUUCCUGUUGUUUUUGUUGCUGCUGUUGUUGUAUUGCUAUUCCGGUUUUAGGAUGAUCGGUCAAGAAAACCCGUAUCCCGAAACGGUCGAGAAAGUGAACAUAUUCAUAUUAGGAGGACAAAGCAACAUGGCCGGAAGAGGCGGGGUCGAUGACAAGGAAUGGGACGAAUAUGUGCCUACCGAAUGCAUGAGAAAUCGAAGAAUUCUUCGACUAAAUGAAAAUUCAGAAUUGGAAGAGGCUGAAGAACCACUCCAUUCAGGAAUUGAUGUGAAUAAAACUUGCGGGGUUGGUCCAGGAAUGGCAUUUGCUAAUGCAAUAUUGGAAAAAGACCCUAAUUUUGGGGUCAUAGUUUUGGUCCCUUGUGCCAUUGGAGGGACAAGUAUUACAGCUUGGUCUGGUUCUAAUAGCAGCCUCAGAAGCCAGAUGAUUAAAAGAACAACUGAAGCUCUCAAUUAUGGUGGAAAAAUUCGUGCAAUUUUGUGGUAUCAAGGAGAAAAAGAUACAGAAACCGAAGCUGCCUCCUAUUUGUUUCCCAGCGAAUACCAAGUGUUUCUUUAUCGUUUAUAUCAAGAAUUGAAGAACCCCCAAAUUCCAUUUGUUCAGGUGGCAUUAGCAUCAGGACAGGGAGAAGCAGAUUGGCUGGAAAAUGUUCGAGCAAGUCAAAUUGCAGUGAAGAAUGUUAUAACUGUUGAUGCCAUGGGACUCCAAGUUGGAGAAGAUGGCCUCCAUCUCACCACUAACUCACAGGUUUGCCUUGGCAGGAUGCUAGCAGAUGCCUUUUUCAGCACCAUUUCAUAAAUUUUUAUUUCAAAUUAUUCAGACCAGAACAACAAGUUAACGGCAGAAUUUGAGUCCAAUGUAUAGCCACAAUUUCAAUACUUAUUUUUGCUAAAUAGAUAGUGAAAUUUUUUGAUACUUAA